AUGCACGUCAAUCUUCGAAAUGGCGCAAUCGUUUCGAGUAAAAACGCUCGCAUUCUUGGUGUUCCUCAAAUGAGGCGUAACACUUCGAUAUCUUUUGCAGGCGUCAGCUCGAGCACGAUACCCCCACCCCUGCCCGUCGCCCAAGCCGACCGAGCAAUUCACCACCUCAUCCUUGUCUCCAACGACACCGAAGAUGCUGCCAAGCAUGCAGUCUCGCACUCUGUUACGGCUAGUUUUGCCGGUGGUACGAGCCCGGACACCUGCUCUUACGAGUACUCGAGAGUUGUCAACAUCUCGGUCGGUGUUUCAACAGCAGGCAUCUUCGAGCACAAGCUUGGACGAAUGGACACGGACGGUGCAGGCACGGAACUGUUCGAGAAGAACACCACCGAAGAUGCGCUGGCGCUUUCGCAUGGAGGCCCCAUGCCGCUAGGCUCCGAGCUGGUGCUGUUCAACCCACUGCUGAGCGAGGCCACGCUCGGAUCCGAUGGCACAGAGAGGACAUUUGGGCCACCUGGCGGGCUGGACCAACGUAUGUGGGCGAGCGGAUCAUUCGAGUUCGAGCAAGGCAGAGACCUCAAGAUCGGCCAAGAGGUGCGCUGUGAAGUCGCAGUCGAAAGCGUUAAGCCGAAACAGGGUACGAAGACAGGCUUGAUGGUGCUGGUCACGAGGAAGCUCGUGUAUUCGAGUCCGGAGGGCGUCGUCAUGACCGAGCGCAGGUGCCAUGUGUAUCGAAAGCAGCGUCCCGCAGAGCAACGUCGAUAUGUUCCUCCAUCCGCCGAUGCAGCACCAAAGGCAGAGGAAGUGGAGGAGAAGCAGUCCGACUUUGGCUUCGACUACUACGCCACCCGUGCGGCACUCUUCCGCUACUCAGCCGUGACAUUCAAUGCUCACCGCAUUCAUCUCGACCCAGAGUACUGUCGCAACGAGGAAGGUCAUCCCGACUGCCUGGUCCACGGUCCGCUCACAGCGACGUUGCUACUGAAUCUCGUCGCGGCUGCUGCAGACCAGGCUUCGGGCAAGGUAAAAAAACUCGAGUACCGCGCCACUUCGCCUCUGACAGUCGAGCAGCGAAUCCGGCUACGAGGCGCGUGGGAGGGCAGCGAUCGGAGAAAGGCAUCGCUCUGGGCGCUCAACGAAGCCGGCACCGUCUGCAUGACUGCCAAAGCAACACUGUUCUGA